CGUAAGCCGUCAACAGGAAGACCCCACGCUGCUGGUGAUGGCUCAGCAGGCGACGGCGGGGCGGCGCUACCUGCGGGCGUUCGUCAGCGGUUUCUUCGUGGCCGUUCCCGUCACGGUUACCGUCCUGGACCGGCUCGCCUACGUAGCUCGAGUGGAGGGAGCGUCGAUGCAGCCCUUCCUGAACCCAGAGGGCGGGUCUGACUGUGACGUCGUCCUGUUGAACCGUUGGAGUGUGAGGAACUACGAAGUCCAACGAGGCGACAUCGUCUCCGUCAUGUCUCCAAAGAACCCUCAGCAGAAGAUCAUCAAGAGGGUCAUCGGCCUGGAGGGAGACUUCAUCAGGACUCUGGGCUACAAGAACCGGUUUGUUCGAGUUCCUGACGGUCACUUCUGGAUCGAGGGGGAUCAUCACGGACACAGUCUGGACAGCAACAGCUUUGGACCGGUGUCCGUUGGUCUGCUCCACGGCCGGGCCUCUCACAUCAUCUGGCCACCACAUCGUUGGCAGCGAAUCAAAGCGUCUCUCCCGGCAAACCGAGGACCGCUGGACUCCGAGGAAGAGGAGUGAUGAAGACGCAUGAACACAUUUUCCUUUUUGUUUUAUAACUGUUAAUGUCAUCUAAACUGAAACCAGGUUACCGUUGGAGAACAUUCAAACACACUUCCCCCUGUUAUAUUUUAUAUUAUGUCAUAUUCAGGAGAAAACAGACUGAGUCACUGAGUGAGUCAUGAUAUUGUUAAACUGCUGUUAUGUAAACUGUUAGACUGUAUAUUGAUUUUUGCCAUAAAAGUCGUCACCAGCGACGUGAACUUCUCUCUCUCAAACAAAGAAAGACUUCCAAACACCAACACUCACCUCUGUCUUCACAAACCGGAGACUCCAGACGUCUUCACGUUCCAGCUGCACCUUUUGGAUGCUGAUAGAACAUUUCUAUAAAACCUCUGAGCGUUGUUGGAUGUGAAGCUUCUUUCAUUUCUUUUACUGUCAGAACAACCUCCAUGUGUGUGACCUCUCGAGUGCACUUGAGGGAUUCAAUUAUUUCCCCGAGCGACGAGCAGGAAAACAAUGUCUCUGUCAUUAUCUAGAAAAUCUGUUUUCACUGCGCCUUUGUUUGUGUUGUCGGUGUUGUCACCUCUGAGCAGAAAGGAGCGGGUUCACACAUGAAUAUUCCUCCUUUAUUAAACGCGUAAACCAGCGUUCAGCCCUCCACAUCAACCAGGUCAUCUGAAGUCUCAAUUAGAGAGAAAUCACAAAGCACAAAACAGACAGCUGACUUCUGCCCCGGCUCUCCAAACAGCUGAAGCUCCCGUCUUUUUUUUGUUUUAAAGAGGCGCAUCACUGAUUUGCAUAAAUCAAAUUGAGGAGCACUUGUGGGUGAAUUCAGCCAAAAGCAGCUGCUGAUUGUUGAACAGCUGUGUCACGGCAUAAUGGGACCCUCGGAGGGAACAAGUGGGGCUAACUGCAGGUGUUCUCCACACACGACACUCCACAUAUGCAUCAUUAAUCCAGUCAUAUGUGAUGUGCAUUUCUGUGACAAUUCCAUCUGCGAUGUAGGGUUUCAUGUUUGAGGUCAAUAUGCAUAAAAUUAAAG